GACAGCAUGAGACAUGAGACGGCAUGCGAUAUUUAUCAGCAGGAUUUUGUUCGGAAACAUUUUUCCUUAAUUUUUCACAUUUCAUAUUUUCAAAUCUUAAAUUGUUACAAGUUUAAAAUUUACUGUGAUUAACGAUUAUAAACGAACCACCUGUAAGUUCCGAUUAUUUAAAGGCCCAAGUAUGAAGUUGAGGUCGUCUUCUUCCCUCGAGAAAACAAUCGUGAUAUCGAAAGCUCUUCGAAAUCCGUUGAUUCUCAACCUCAUCUUCGCCAAGCUUAAUACGACUAACUUGCGGACGGCACGUCUCGUGUGUCGUGAAUGGGGCGAUGUUGGCGCAGGUUUGUUAGGAAAGCGGACGGCUCUCAACGUCAACAAACUUUUCCGCUACGACGGGACAAAAUUGUACCUCCAAACCCACGUGGCUGAAAAUUUUAUGCGGCGCAUCUCCAUCUCGGAUCGAUUCUACCCCUCCGUCCCCAUCGAAAAGAUGGCAAACGUCAUCACCAAGGUUUUUACCGACCUUGCGCACGUGUUCCAAGUUACUCGCGAAAUCUACUUUCGCGUCAGCCAGAGGGAAACCGCGACCGCUUUUGUCAAUGGGUUAAGAAAGCUCAACAAGACCACUACGAAUAUUCAAAAAAUUUCGGUAUCCGUCUAUUGGAAACAGCCAAUAAGUCAUGGGAGAGGGGUGUAUUCCGCGUAUACUAAAAAACUCCCCAUUCUAACUAACUUAACCUCAAUUGAGUUCAGUAUUUGCUGGGACAUUCUACGAGAAAACUUUGACGUCCACGGAUUUCAGCCUCUCCUUCAAGCCUUGAUGGACUCGGCACCUAAUUUGAACUCUUUAGACGUCUCCUCGAAUUUCUUCCCGAAUUUCGAGGGGUGCAAAAACCUCAAAGUUCUCAACUUUCGCUUGAUAAGGCAAGCCCCUUACAAGGUUCCAAAUCGCGACUUGGUAGCCGCCAUCGGGAUGUUGGCGCAGGUGAAAGACACCCUGAUCGAGAUGGGAUUAAGCUCCCACGUUUCCGGUGAUGUCAUGCCAAGGAAGUGGCAGAGUCUGGACGUUCCCGUCAUGUCGAAACUUACGUCUCUCUCCAUCCAUCCAACAGCAAUAUACAUGUGUCAAGAUUUUCUUAACGAGAACCACCUCCCAGCACUGAAAGAUCUGUUUCUCGGCUUCAGCAAUCGGUCAGCAGCGUUGAUUGCGUCGCCCCAUCUAAAUCUGUGGAAGCGACAUAGUGGAGUUAAAUCUCUCAAGUUAGAACUGGAUGGACGCUGGCUGAAAAAUGCAAAUGGGAUCGGACUACAGAUCGUCCGACUAUUUCCCUCCGUUAAGAAGCUUGAGGUUGGUAUGGCGUGGAAAGACGUGAUCAAUAACAAGUAUUUGGAGGUAAACAAGGAGGAAGUAAAGCAGAUAAUGACACCGUACCGAAAUUGGGAUCUGGAAGAGGCUAGCGUUCGAUUUGAUGGAGUUAAUGCGUCCUCCGUGUUGAUGACAGUCCUGGAAAACAUGACGACUUGGAGAGGGGUUAAAAGUGCUAACUUCCGGUACGCUGGCAUCACGCAGGAUGACUUCUCUGCUUCUAUUGAAGAUCUUAUCUUACACAGUCGGGGCUUUAAAAGUGUUAAAAUCGGCAGCUGUCGUCGUGAUGUGGUGCCGGAAAUUCUGGAAGUAAUACAACCAAUCCUUGCAGCCAGCGGUGCUCCAAUUCAAGUCACGGGAGUUGUGGUUCGCAGUUAGGUUAUAAAUGAAGAAUGGAUGGAAAUUAAAAUAUCAUGAUUUAAUAUGUUCAACACCAAAAUGGUCACUUUUCCAUCAUACUUAAUAAUGUCUAAUCCAUAUUUAUUUUCGAAAUUUUCAAUAAAUCAAAUAGAUUUCAAAACUCAAA